CACACAACUUUCGUUAGUAGGUGAGAUAUGGAAUAAAAUUUUUCGUAACAGCCAUUGUAACGUAGAGCCUACGGGGAUUAAUUGAAUGCAAUUGAAAUAAAGUCUUUUCAACGCACCUGCUUCUUUUUUCCAACAAAUAAAACUGAAGUAGUGUCAAGAUGCAGAGUGAAGCUGCAGAUAAUCGUGGUGUCCUGGUUCGUUUUUGUGCAUGUCCUUAGGUGUGUGGGUUAGCGUUCACGCACCUCAAUUAAAUUCACUAGGGUACCUAUGAUGUUUGGGUCUGCUUUUGCACAACUAUGUCCGGAUUGAAGCUACCUACUAUUUUCACCUCUGCAGACUUGUUCAAUCAUUUGCCAUUGUUCCAAUUCCAAAUAUGCCAAGAAGAAGAAAAAGAGGCCAAAAAAAGAGCAGAACUCCAAAAAUUGGAAUGACAAUGACCACAGGAGGAGGAGACAAAGAAGAUACUGAUCGUGUCGAUAGAAUUUCCAGUUUACCUAUCGACAUUAUUCGUCGAAUUCACUUGUGUCUUCCUCGGGUAGAUGCAGUUAGAACUAGUGUUUUGUCCCAGAGAUGGCGAACCAUUUGGGCUUCUCAUCCUAAAAUUUAUUUGAAUGAAGAGGAUUUUGGAGCUGAAUUUUCCGUCUUCAGGGAUAAAGAUGAAGUUGACUUUUCCAAAUAUUGCGAUGGAGAGAAAGAGAAAAGAAAGGCCUUCUUAACUUACUUGCAAAAAUCCUUGGACAUCCGUCACAAGUAUUUUGAACACGUUGACACAUUCUUUCUUCAAAUGACAGUUGAGAAUGCUUCUGCUGAAUCCCUCGUCAAAAAAUGGAUUGAUUUUGCCUUGAAAAAAAAGGUUAAGACGUUACAUAUUAGUUUGAAAUCGAGAUAUGGUAAGCGUUUUGACUUGUGUAACAUUGCGUUUAUAGCUGCUACGUUGGUGGAUUUAAGGAUCGAAUACUGUCAGAUUUCAAAUUGUUCUUUUAUACUUCCGACUCUAAGUUCACUCUGUCUAGUUGAUGUCUUCAUUGAGGAUAAUGAUUUCAAGGAUCUCCUUGCCGGGUGCCCUGGAAUCGAACAAUUAAGAAUUACUUUAUAUUCAAAAAAGUUGCCUACUAUGGUAGUUUCAAAUCCUACCCUGAAACUUUUUGGACUGUAUUAUCCUAGUUUUAAUGGUAAAGUACUAAUAGAGUCAAAACAUCUUGAAUCCCUUGAAUUUAGUUUCUCCAGGAAGUUCAUGUGGGAUAUAGAGAUCACUUCCAGAACAACAGUCAGGAAUUUGAGAUUGCGUGGUGUUAAUGAUCAAGAUAGGACACUGACACAUUUUAUAAAUGAAUUCCCUCUACUUGAGAUACUCGUGAUAAGUGAUUGCAGUAAUUUGCAAAAUCUUUAUCUUUCUCAACGGAAUUUGUCUAGCUUUGAGAUAUAUCAAGUUGAUGAAGUAGAGGUAAGAAUAGAUGCCCCCAAGUUAAAAUCCUUGGAGUACACGGGUGGCCUUACUUUGUUUCCUGGAAUUGAGGCUUCUAAGGGGCUGGAAUUUGUUCGAUUCUAUUUAAACCCCGAAAUGCUCAAUGAUGGCUGGUACAUUUGGUUAAGAAAUAUUUUGGAGUGUUUUGCUCAUGCCAAGCACUUGAGUUUGAUUUGUCAAUCUGAACAGGCUAUCAUCUUUCCUGAUGAGCUAGCUGAGGUCUUACUUCCAACAAUCAAUGAUCUCAAGAAUCUGGAAAUAAGAAUUGAUUCAUUUGCUGCCACUUCUCAACAAAUUUUAGAUGGCUUUGUUUGGAUUCUUCCCGGUCUGAAGACUUUGUCCUUGACUUUAGGUUCCAUCACAAAAGUCAUUGAGUUUCCGCAAUGAGGAUGAUGUGAAGGUGCUCUCUGCAGAACUAGGGCAACAUCGGAAAUUGACACACGAUGAUCAGAAUGUAUGCUUUCUAAAAUUUAAGUAUGUUUUGAAUUCCAUAUUAUUGGAAGUAUAAGCAAAGUUUAGAGAAAUGUUGUAACUGUUAUUUCCAAGCAAUGGUUCCAUAGUUUGAUCAGUCGCCAUGGUACUGGAACGCUUCUUUGGAUAAUGCUUUUGAGAUGUAAUUUGGAGGAAAAGUUGAUGUGAAUAGAAUGGCAUAUGUGUAUUUUCUUAAUGAAGUUCUGUAUUUUCCCAAGUUGUUUUCUAUAAAAGUUUAUCACUUUA